AUGAAGACAUCGCGGCGGCUGCUGCUGCUGCUCCUGGCAGGAGUUUGCAUCUACGGAUACAAGCCUGUUGUCAUCGUGCACGGGAUCUUUGAUGGACCGAAGCAGUUCAAAACUCUGUCUCUGUUCAUAUCCAAGGUGCAUCCAGGUACAGAGGUGUCCGUGAUCGACCUGUACAACAACGUGGCCAGUCUGAAGCCCAUGUGGAGGCAGGUCCAAGACUUCAGGAAAGCCAUCGAGUCCAUCAUGAGCCGGUCUCCCGAUGGCAUCCAUCUUCUGUGCUUCUCACAAGGUGGUUUGAUUUGUCGAGCUGUCCUCUCCACGACUCCAGACCACAACGUGCACACCUUCAUCUCUCUGUCGUCGCCUCAGGCCGGGCAGUACGGAGACACUAGUUACCUGCGGUGGCUGUUUCCUGAGUACAUAAAGAAGACUGUGUUUAAAGUCUGCUACAGGAGACUGGGACAGAAAGUUUCCUUCUGCGAAUACUGGAACGACCCUCACCACAGGCCCCAGUACCUGCAGAGCAACAACUUCCUGCCGAUGCUAAAUGGUGACAGACCUCACAGCGACCUGAGAGCAUGGAGGAAAAACUUUCUACGCAUCAAGAAGCUUGUGCUGAUUGGAGGACCGGACGAUGGCGUCAUCACACCGUGGCAGUCCAGCCAGUUUGGAUUCUAUGACAGCAACGAGCAUGUUGUGGAAAUGAGGAAGCAGGAGUUUUACAGGAACGACACGUUUGGCCUGAAGACGCUGGACGCUCGCGGCGGCGUGUCCAUGUGUGUUCAGUCCGGAGUGAAGCACGUUCACUGGCACAACAACUACACAGUGUUCAGGAACUGCAUCGAGAAGUGGCUCACGUGAGGAGACGUGGAUCUGCAGCGUGUGAGAGAUGUUGAUGCAACAUAUCAUUGACCUGAAAUAGACAAUUUGAAUCAACACAUGAAGACACUGGGAUGCCGGUGGUGUGCAGAUCAUCAUCAUUAUUUUUAUAAAGUUGAAAUUGAGCGUCCAAGUGUCUGUAGAACAACAGAGCUGACAGUGUGUGACUGUAAACCAACCACAUGGACAUAAAGUGACUGAAACUAACUUCAGUGACUUUGCAUGUGCAGCGAUACGAUAGCAUCAUGGACAGCUUUUUCUUUGCAGAGAUUUGAGACACCGUUUCUAUAAAUAUUAUGUUUGCUUUAUAGAAUAUAUGGGAUUAUUUUUUAAUCAAGCAUUCAAGUGAGUCCAAUUAAGCAUUUUUUUUUAAAUACUGAGAGUAUAUGUGCAGUUGUAAUGUUGUAAAUAUACAAUUUAUCAAGUUUUCAGGCGAAACUGAGACAAAUUAGCUCAUGUUUGUGUUCAGACUCGAUUUUAAACUUAAAUUAAAUUAAACUUGUAAAAACUAAUUUAAAUUUAACAAAUUCCUGCUGAGUUUUUUUGCCUUCCUCUGACAGAAGAAAACCAAAGCCCAAAUUGUUAGUGCUUAAGCGCUAAAUUCUCAUCGUAGAGAUGCCCUCAAUUCUUCUUUUACAGUUCUGUUAUAUAAGUAUAUACUUUUAUAAUAAUCUGAGGAGUUCACACUGUAAAUCAUUCACCGUGGCAGUGCACAUCCAAUCACUGCCUACUAGUGGAAGUGUGUGGUACUUCAGUGUCAUUAAAUUCAGGCUCUGUCACACAAGAGAAGACAGACAGACAGAUUUUACAGUAUGUUACACUUCUGCCCCAGAUACGAAAUUAUUGAGAGUCUGAACCCACGCUGAGCAGAUGAGUCAUGUGUUUUGAUAGAAGACUGAAAAUGUUGUUUCUAACAGGUCACUGUGAAAAAGAAGGAGGUUUGGUUUUUGCUCAUGUUUGUGAGCAAGAUUGUGAGAAGGGCAAAAAGAAAAAAACAACAACAUUUUAGACACAGAGAGAAACGUUAACAUUUAAAGACCAGUUUCCCAGGGAGUGACUCAUGGAUUGAUAUGAAAGACAUCAGGCUUAUUCAGAGAACUUGAAUCUAUGAGUUUCUGUUGUUCUCACCUGCAAAGAAGAUGUUUAUCACAGCACAUGUGGUGUUGUAGUGUCACCAUCACACUCUCUGACUGUCCCUCUGCAGGUUGAUGUGAAACAGUGGAUCAUUCUCUGAUCAAACACACUUUUCUUUGUGUUGCAUUACGUGAUCCACUGUGAGGUGUGUUAGUGCAAUAACUGCGAAACCACAAGCACCAUUAAAGUUUUAUACGAUCCAACAGCCCCACAAAGGGCAGCCUGAAAAACUGCGACUACACAAAAUAAGUAAAUGAACAUUUUGAUAAUAAAAAGUCAUGAUAG